ACAACGCAACGACGACGGUCUCCAGAAGAAGUGCGUUUUUGUGCGAGAAAUUUCCGGUUGAAAAGUAGCUCUAGUAGCGUUAAAAAGUGCGUUAAACGCAAGUUGAAUGUGUCCGGCGUUGAAAUCCGGUGCCGGACAAAAUGCAGAAUGCAGAACAAUCCGGAUUGAAGAACCGGGACAAAUCGAGAAAUGUGAAGAAAUCGUCGCUGGUGAAUCAAUCGAAUUCGAAGGCCCUGCAUAAGCAGCAGCUGCAGCCGUCUUCGUCAUCCAACAGUAAUAUUAGUGGUGGUAGUGGUAAUAGCUGUGCUAGUGUUAGUGCAAGUGGCGGAAGCAAUCGCAGUAGUAGUGGCAACGGAGUCUCACUUUUAAGCAGUGGAGCUGCUGCUAAAGGGAAUAAUCCGAAGCAGCAACAAAAUAAUUUAUGUCGUGUCCAACCGGAAGUUGGAGCAGUACCUUCCGGAAGUAAUCUAUCUGGUGGCUUGAGUUUCAACACUAAUCGAGAAGUAAAUAAUGCUAAGGCGAUGUCUACAUCAACGACAGCAGUAGGAAAUAACAGCACCUCCGGAACGGCAACGGGUGGAGCAGGCCGACAGUCCAACAGUCAGCAUUCGUCUCCAGCCAAAUCCGAUACCGAGACAACUUUUUCGGAGUUUCAACCCCGUGUUUCGGACUCGUCGGAAUCGGACGAGGAAUCAGUAUCGGAGAUUCUGCUCGCUUGUCUCUGUCUAAGGCCAGAUUUGCUGGUUGAUUCUUUCCCCCUAGAUCAACAGUCGAUCGAAAUUCCAGAAACGGAGUGCUCGGACAGCUGCGAAAACGACGUAGAUAUGGAUGAAUCCGAUAGUUGCGACAACGAUGGCGACGACAAUGAAGAUUCGGAAGGUAAAUACGAUGAGGAAGACGACGACGAUAUUCACAGUACAGUCGUAACAGGAAAGUUUCUGCUGGAGAACGAUAACGAUAUCGAUCAGGACAGUGGCGAAGGAGGCGGUAGUGGAAGCGGAGGAGGAGGAACCGGUGGAAAUGGUCCUCACGAUAAAAAAGCUCGCCUCGAAGCUCUGCUGGAAGCCGCAGACGAGGCAGCCCAAGCUCUCACCCGCAUGCGAUCUAGCGAAGGAGGCGGAAGCCCACGAGAUAAAAAAAAUGCUCUUCGUAAUUUCAGCUUGCUCUCGCGCUCGCUGCUCGCCGCCUGCACCGAUAACGACGUCAAUACUGUACGGCGGCUUCUGGGCGAGGGCAACUCACUGAACGAGGCCACUGAUGAUGGCGAUUCGUUACUGUCCUUGGCCUGUUCGGCCGGAUACUAUGAAUUGGCACAGGUCCUACUGGCUAUGUCAGCGCAGGUUGAAGAUCGUGGUCAAAAGAACGACUGCACGCCACUGAUGGAGGCGGCUUCGGCAGGGCAUGUAGAAAUUAUCGGCCUUUUACUGAAGCACGGUGCAGACGUAAAUGCGCAGUCAUCAACCGGCAACACACCACUGAUGUACGCCUGUGCAGGCGGUCAUGAAGAAGCGGUCAAAGUACUGCUCGACCAUGGCGCCAAUGUAGAAGAUCACAAUGAAAACGGACAUACACCGCUAAUGGAGGCGGCUUCGGCGGGGCACGUGGGCGUUGCGAAGAUCCUAUUGGAACGUGGGGCUGGCAUCAAUACGCACUCGAAUGAGUUUAAAGAGAGCGCGUUAACACUCGCCUGCUACAAGGGACAUCUGGACAUGGUCCGGUACUUGCUGGAGGCUGGUGCUGAUCAGGAGCAUAAAACUGAUGAAAUGCAUACAGCUCUGAUGGAGGCGUCAAUGGACGGUCAUGUGGAAGUUGCUCGGUUGUUGCUAGACUCCGGUGCUCAAGUUAACAUGCCAACUGAUUCGUUCGAAUCUCCUUUGACGCUGGCAGCCUGUGGUGGCCAUGUGGAUCUUGCAAUGCUUUUGAUUGAACGUGGUGCCAACAUCGAAGAGGUUAACGAUGAAGGAUACACCCCCUUGAUGGAAGCGGCUAGGGAAGGGCAUGAGGAAAUGGUAGCAUUACUAUUACAACAAGGUGCGAAUAUUAAUGCUCAAACGGAGGAAACUCAAGAAACUGCGUUGACGCUUGCAUGCUGCGGUGGAUUUGUGGAAGUUGCAGACUAUUUGAUUAAAGCUGGAGCUGAUAUCGAGCUCGGAGCUUCAACUCCACUAAUGGAAGCUGCGCAGGAGGGUCACAUAGAUCUAGUGCGAUUUCUACUGGAGCACGGAGCGGACGUGCAUGCGCAAACACAAACCGGUGACACGGCUCUGACGUAUGCUUGCGAGAAUGGUCACACAGAAGUAGCGGACAUUCUCUUGUAUUAUAGGGCUGAACUGGAGCAUGAAUCCGAAGGUGGUCGCACGCCCUCAAUGAAAGCUUGUAGAGCUGGUCACUGGUGUAUUGUCAAGUUUCUCAUUGAAAAGGGAGCGGACGUAAAUCGACAUACCACCAAUAACGAUCAUACUCCACUCUCACUAGCGUGUGCUGGAGGUCAUUCGAACAUUGUGGAAUUACUUCUGAAAAAUGGCGCAGAUCCAUUCCACAAAUUGAAAGAUAACAGUACUAUGCUAAUCGAAGCUGCUAAAGGUGGCCACAUCGGAGUAGUUCAGCUAUUACUGGAUUUUCCCCAUUCAUUGAUCAGCGCCAACACUGCAGCCCAGCAAAACUUAUUAAACAACGGUCAAAUUCAGUUGCAGCAGGCACAGCAACAACUUCAGCAACAACAGCAAGCAGCGCAACAGCAGCAGUUGAUAAUCACGCAAAAUCAACAGCAGCAACUACUUGCUGCGCCUCCUGGACUAGUUUCUGUGCCGGAGUCAAUUCGAGUUUCUAAUAAGCAAAUGUUCCAACAACACACCCCGAUGGAUAACCUUGACCAGCAGCAACAGCAACAACAACAGCAACAUCUUCUAACCACCAAUAAGAUGCUGGCAAACCAUAAUGUGUUUCUCGAUGGUCAUAUUGCCUCUGCUGAUCCUUCAAUCCUUGCGCAAAUGCGAUUAAUUCAGAUGCAAGGUUUCAAGGACGGUCUCGCACAUGGGCUAUCGCGUGCUCCUGGUCAACAACCGCAACAACAACAGCAACAGGCUAUACUUUCCCAGCAGAUACCAUCUCAUCUCGCGGCUGCCCAGCAGCAACAGCUUAUCCUGCAGGGUACCAAUAAUGCCACCGUAGUUCAGCAGCAACAGCAACAGACUGCUGCUGGUGCAGGUGCCAACAAACAGCGUAGCUUAUUGCGACAGAAAAUAACACCUACUCAAGCAACAAGCACUGGAAUACCGACCUCUCAAUCCCAGCAUCUAGCAUUUGAUACCAACCUUACGAGCUCUGAAGCGCAGCAGGUUCGUAGCGAGCCCAUUGGCGAAGACAAUGGUGGCGGCGGAAGUAGCAGUGGAACCACCUUGCAACAGCGAGCGGGAGUAGUUAUGCGCUCAGAUUACGAGAUGCAAUACACGAAACAAAUGCGAGAAAUGUAUCAGAAGUCACAAAAGGCCAACAUUCAGUUUAUUUGCGACUCGAAUGGCCCGCCACCGACACUGCUGCCACCUACCGGAACCUACAUCGAUAUUACUACCCCGGCUCAAGGAGGAAAAACGUCCGAUAGUGGUCUAGAUAUAGCUACAUCAUUGCCAACCACGCUGCAGCAACAGCAACAGCAGCAGACAGCAUUACAUUUCGCAGCAAAUACUAGCACGAUCACUGCUGGUCUUGCCAACACAUCGUCGGGUAACGUAACACAUCUAACCGGUCCCUCAGAAGUAUCUCAAAGUACAGCCAUUAGUGAUCGACCGAAGGUAAAGCCUGUCUCUAAGAAGGAUGCCAAAAACAAUCGUAAAUCAGCCGCAGCUGCGGCUGCGGCAGCAGCAGCCGCCCAACAGCAGCAGGUUGCCGGUCAGCAACCACAGCAGCCCAUUUGGCCUAGCACAACCACCAACGUUUUACAACAGAAUCCAAUGGUGUCAAUUUAUAACAACUUGUCUGUGAUUCCAACCUCUGAACAAAAUGUGCAGGUACUGCAGCAAUCGCUGUCGAACUUGAGUCUCCAGUCGCCAGCUGGUGCAGCUGCCAGUGGCUCCGGAAGUGGAAGUGCCCAAAUUACGAUUUCCCAAUCUGGAAGCCAACAGCAGCAGCAAACAGCAGGUCUAGGUAAUCGAGGAGCCACCUUUGCAAUGGCUUCCAAAGCUCCAACCACGUCGGCGUCAGCAGCGAUUCCUUCGAGCAAUAACAUGGUUCCUACGUCCAAUCUGUCGGUGAUUACCAGUUCAGCCGUAGCUUCUACUACGAGCGGAACGAUCACCUCUGUGCCAGCGAAUGUAAUUCAAACCACGACUAAUCUAAUCAGUCAGCUAGAUCAACAGACACUAGAAUUAUCUAAUUCCUCUUCAACGGUGGUAACUACAGCCCCGAUUGUACCUAGUACCGGGGCUAUUAACACAGCAGGCAGUCAGUGUAGCGGAAGCAGUGCUACCACCGGCAUUGGUAGUAGCAUCAACGUUAGUGGUGCGAGUUGUAGUAGCAGCAGUAGCUCGAACUCCAGCGGUAACAACAUCACUACAACAACGACUAGCAGCAACAGUAACACUGGCACGGCAAGCGGUGUACUUGGCAUGAGUGCUGCUGGAUUAGGUUGCGCUGGCAGUAGCAGUGCUCACAGUUCCGAACACGAAAACCAACUGAAUCAGCUAGCACUCAACACGUUGUGUAACCAGAAAAUGCUACAGAAGAUAGCUCAACGUUUUAUGGUUGAUCCGCCAAAAUCUCCUCCAGACACGCCUCCUCUAAGCUGUUCCAAUGCGGAUGGACCAUCAUCACCGCCACCCAGUGGUAAAGGAUUAGCCAACAAUGCUGAACUGGCAGAUUUGUCCCGUAUUUUCUGUGAGGUAAUGCACGACUUCCGCUCGGACCUUUUGCCAACACCGGAGUUCGUCCAAGUGCAUCAGCAUGUGUCCAAUAUAAUCCAGCACAAGGCUGGUAGUAAUCAAAUCAAACUCAGUGAUAACGAUGGACAUCAUCAAUACGUGGAAGAUGGGGACGAACAUCUUCAAAUGUUCAAUAUCGAUGAUUCAGAAAACGAAACUAUGUCCGAGUGCGUAGGUGGAAUUUAUCCAUCGUUGGAUGAGUCACUGGAGACUUUCAAUCCGGAGGAUGGUUCGGUGGUUGCCGCCGAUGAUUCACGAGAAACCAUCUACAAUUAUGAAUGGGUUGAAUGCAUCGAUGAAGUUAUUCACGCAUUGAAUGGUUGCACCGACAUUCCGGUGGCCCUGCAGGAAAUGGCUGCGAAUCUUAGCUGCCAAGAUAUUGAUGCUUAUGCAAAUUUAAUCGGAAUGAAUUCUUUCUGUAAGACGCGUUGGGCUGGCAAUCAAACUCAGUUGACCACGUCUGGCACAUCGUCCCCGAUCGAAGAAGACAGCAAUAAUAUCAACCUAGCCGAGGCUAGCGAAGAACAAUGUGGUUUCCGUCAAGCUGGAACCGCUGGUCAAGCGGCUGCUGCUGGCCAAUUAAUGGCAUUUGAUCCAAACCAACAAAUAUCGCUUGAUCAACUGCAGUUGCUUAGUCAGCUACAGGCAACUACCACCGCUUCAGGAGCAACCGUACUCCAUCAUCCUACAGCCACUGGAGCAGCAGGUGGAACCACUAGCACUGAUGGUCAGCAACCCAAGUUCGUGUUUAACGUCGAUGCUGACAAAGCCUCCCAGGUACACUUGUUAUUCCAACUACCGACAGCUCAACAGCAACAGCAGCAACAGCAACAAUUACAAAUCACUCAAGAACAACUUGACCAGCACACGAUCGGAGGGCAGUGUAAUGUUACUCUUCAGCAAGCAGCUGCUCUACAGCAGGCACAACUACAACAUCAAGCGGCAGCUGCUGCCGCAGCAGCUGCCGUUGCUCAACAACAACACCAACAGCAGCAGCAGCAACAACAACAACAAUUUCAGUCACCAAAUAUUGUGCAUCCCAACUCUGUGAUUUUGGCUCAACAGCAACAAGCGCAAUCAGCCCAACAGCUUCAGCAAUUGCAUGCCCAGGCCCAGGCAGCACAUUGCACACAGCAUGCGCAAGUGCAAGUUGCCACCCAGACUCAACAACCACAGACGGGAGGAUUGUUGAUUCCACGACAACAAAGUCCACAUACAGUAGAUUCGGCUACUUCAACUGCGGGAGGUAAAACAAGCUCCAAAAAAACUGAAAAAUCUCGCAAGGAGAAAAAUCGAUUAGCUGGUAUACGCCAGGCUCCAGCGGGACAACAAAGUGCCGCUGCAGGAGGCUAUCAGUUUGAAGCGAGUCCGGCCCCGGCCCCAAUGCAGUACCCGCCUGCAGUUCCAGCCAAUGUUGUCCAAGAACGUCAAAUUGACGUCGAUUCUGAAACUGACUCGAAUCAUGAUACUGCCCUAACGCUAGCUUGUGCUGGAGGCCAUGAAGAGCUGGUAGAAUUACUUAUCAGCCGUGGAGCAAACAUCGAGCACAAAGACAAAAAGGGUUUCACUCCGUUGAUAUUGGCUGCAACGGCUGGACACGAGAAAGUCGUAGAAACCCUGCUUCGUCACGGUGCGGAAAUGGAAGCGCAAUCUGAGCGUACCAAAGAUACACCUCUUUCAUUAGCAUGUUCUGGUGGGCGAUACGAGGUUGUGGAACUGCUGCUUAAUAUGAAUGCCAAUCGAGAACAUCGAAACGUGUCGGACUACACUCCACUCAGUUUGGCUGCCAGUGGUGGUUAUGUAAAUAUCAUCAAGCUGCUGCUUAGCCACGGAGCAGAAAUCAAUUCGCGAACUGGCAGCAAACUUGGGAUCAGUCCUCUUAUGUUAGCAGCGAUGAACGGUCAUACAGCCGCUGUUAAGCUAUUAUUGGAUAUGGGUUCCGACAUCAAUGCACAGAUUGAGACUAACCGGAACACUGCGCUAACGCUUGCCUGUUUCCAGGGACGCCAUGAAGUGGUUAGUCUUCUGCUGGAUCGUAAAGCCAAUGUUGAACAUAGGGCUAAAACCGGACUCACUCCUCUUAUGGAAGCUGCUUCCGGUGGAUAUAUCGAAGUUGGUCGUGUAUUACUAGAUAAAGGCGCCGAUGUGAAUGCCGCUCCAGUUCCUUCUUCGCGAGAUACGGCUCUGACCAUUGCCGCCGAUAAAGGCCAUCUAAAGUUUGUCGAGUUGCUUCUAUCUCGGGGAGCGGCUGUUGAAGUAAAGAAUAAAAAGGGCAAUUCCCCACUUUGGUUGGCUGCAAACGGUGGUCACCUGGCUGUUGUUGAUGUUCUUUGUAACGCAGGAGCUGAUAUCGAUUCGCAGGAUAAUCGCAAGGUAUCCUGCUUGAUGGCAGCUUUCCGCAAAGGUCAUACCAAAGCGGUCAAAUGGAUGGUAAAUCAUGUGACUCAGUUUCCAUCAGAUCAGGAAAUGACGCGUUAUAUCAACACCAUCAGUGACAAAGAGCUACUGGAAAAGUGUCAUGAUUGCGUCAAAGUUAUUCGUGCGGCUAAGGAUCAGCAAGCGACUAAGGCGAACAUUAAUGCGUCUAUAUUGUUAAAAGAACUGGACUUGGAGCGCAGCAGAGAAGAAAGUCGUAAAGCGGCAGCCGCCAAACGUCGCGAACGAAAGAAACGUAGGAAGGCAGAAAAAAGAGAGCAGCAGCGUAAACUAGUGGAAGGUGAUUCCAAGGGCGGGAACAGCGAUGAUGAGGAUGAUGGGGAAGACGAUAAAGACGAAGAUAAUGACACAGAUCAUGAUGACGAAGAAAUCGUCAGUGUACCAGUGCACAGUAUUGCCGGAAACCGGCCUGCAGCUAACAACAGAAUGCAACAACCUCGUGAACAUCCUAAUACGUCGUCGUCCUCGAAUAGCACAGCUAAUAAUAUUAGCUCUGCAAGCGUCGGAGAAAAGGAGGAGGGAGAUUCUGGUAUCGAUGCAAACAGUCAAGGUUCAUGUUCAAGUUCCGAUGUCAAAUCAACAAGUUUGCUAGAACAGCAAAGAAAGAACAACAAAAAACGUAAGCAACAACAGCAGCAACAACAUCAACAAUCUCGUGCCAGUUCUGCUAUCACAACCAAAGCUGCCCAUGCCAAGCAACAGCAACAACAGCAGCAGCAGCAGCAGCAGCAACAGCAACAGUCCCAGUUUGUAGCUCAAACCCGACAGAGUAACAGUCCGGAUAGCACGACAACGACAGCCAGUAACAGUUCUGUGGUUCAGGAUAAACACCAACAGCAAAAGGAUAAACCUGUUACGGGCCAACAGCGUCGCCAGGUGUCGCAGCACCCGACUGAUACUAAGCGUGACCACUUCGAUAAUAAACAGCGAGAGAAAACCGUUGAAAAGGAAAAUGUUGCCCCUAAGGAAAGCACGCAUAAGAUAGAUGCAAAACGAGAACAUCAUCUACCGCAGGCACAGCCGAGUCACCAUGGCAACAGCAGUCAUCAUCAGCAGCAGGGAAAUCGUAAAUCUAUCAUUGUGUUCGGAUCAAACCGACACGCAACGGACAAAGACAGUAACGAUCAUGAUGGAAGCGAAUCAACGACAUUCUACAACAGUAGCAGCAUCGCUGCCAGUCAACAAAAGAAGAAUCAUGUUAACAGUAAAACCAUGUACUAUCAUAGCGAGGAGCAUCAACCGCAGAAGUCUACUAGUCCAACGAAGCAGACAUCAACAGCUGGUCAGGGUAGUACGGCGACAUUGGUACAAAAUAGUGCCACCGUCGUCAAGCGUGAAGAAGGUUGGAAAGAAGUUGUUCGAAAGAGCUCUGUACAACAAAGUCAAUCCACUCCAAUGGAAUGCAAGAAAGUUCAGGUACCAGUACAUGCAAUUUCCCGUGUGAUUGGUCGAGCUGGCAGUAAUAUCAAUGCAAUUCGGGCAGCGACGGGUGCCCACAUAGAAGUGGAAAAACAAGGAAAGGUUCAAGGUGACCGAUCGAUUACUAUCAAAGGUUCGUUAGAAGCUACCAAGCAGGCACACUCUCUGAUAGCCACUUUGAUUAAAGAUCCGGAUGUAGACAUCCUUCAAAUGCUUCCUAAGCAUAACACUGCCAAAAGUGGCUCAUGUGGUUCUCCUGCACCUACACAACAAGCUACACUUCCUACGAGUUUAAGCACAUCAACCACAGCUCCAACGUUGUCGGCCAUGGUUGCUGCUGGAAACACCACUUCUCUAAUGAGUAGCACUUCUGCUGGAUUGUCCAAAGGUAAGAAUGUGUUUAUUGCCUCUAACCAGAGCAAACCCGUUACGGCGUCCGCAGCGCUUGCUGCUGCUACUAGUAAAAAUAUCUCCACAUCGAGCAUGUCUGCUCGGCCAACAGUAGCGAAAAAUCUCUUCUCAGGCUCAGGUAAUAGUAAUGUUUCACAAGCCUCUCGAGUUAUUUCCUCUAACAAUAACGCCGCAUUGCAAGGACUUGGCAAAGAUGGCGGGAAGCGUCUAGGUACUGCUUCGGCGAACAACAAUUUCGUACUAAAAAAUGCCUACAACAGUAUGGUGCAGUCACUGAAACAUUCAAUGAAAAAUACUCCUAAUAACAGCAGCGUUGCAACUAGCAGCAGUGGAACCUUUGCAAAACUCGUCGCAGAUAGUGCUGCUACAGCCACAGGGUCCACCGCGAUUCAGAACACAAAAAGACCAGCUAAUAACAGCCAAGCCAGUGCUUCAAUCAUGCCACUUUCCAGUGGUAGUGCAUCAAACACCACGUCAUCUUCGGUAAUCACAGCUAGUGCACCAGUCACGGUGCGUCAGCCAACGCAAAUAUUACAAUCACCAGCGAAGGGAUUACCGGCUCCGUUUGGAAAUUCCUCACUAGCAGCUGCUAGCUCUAACAGCCAGGUUAAUGCGAUCAACAGUAUUGCCAGUGCUUCAAUUUCCACGUCUACCUUCCUUUCUCAAUCUAACACUGGUGCAAUGACGAUCGCCAGUUCAUCAUCGAACCCAACAGUAGCGUCGACGCAUCCAGCUCCAGUACAGGCGCCGGUUAAAAUGUCUACUUUUAUUCCACCAGUGGCUUCUAGCGGUCCUGGUCCUAACAUUAUUGACGGAAGUACACUUCCUCCAUCUAUCAACAAUGCAUCGAUUGCUCCGGUGGGAUCCGGCUCGGGGCGGUCAAUCACCCCUAUUGGACAACCACCAGCUGCAACCCGUACAAGCAUCACGCCUUCGCCCUUAUUGCAAACGUCUACAUCGCCAUCUACACAUUUGGACUCGGCGACAUCUUCGGUCAUCGCACCGGUCGUAUCGGCCAUCGGUACUGGUAUACCAACGGCUGGUCCAAUUGGGAGUGGACUUUCGGCGAUGGUUUCUUCCUCUGGUUCCGUAGCGUCUUCAUCUUUAUCAUCUACCACCAGCUCUGCGAUCGCUCAGCUUCAAUCAAAAAUUAACAAUAAUCUGCAUGCCAAUGCGCAGGCGCAUGAGUAUUCCCUGUUCAACGACUCCUAUGGCAGCAGUCAGUGGGGAUCGAAUCCUGGCGGAGGUAGCGUCGCAACGGUAAGUCACCAUCAUCAACAUUUGCAUCACCAUAACCAGCAGCAGCAACAGCAGCAUCAACACCAGCAGCACCAUCAUGGUCACCAUCUUCAGCACGGUGGUCAUCACGGGGCAGGAGUGCUUAGCUCUUCCGUAGUAGGAGGAACAAUUGGUGUUCUGGAUACUGCCCCGGGUGGAGUAAGCAAAGUCAUCUAUAGUCACCCGCACAGUGCUGCGUCUUCCUUCAUCGAGAACGAAUCUCCAUUGCAGGUCGACGCAUCUAAAGCUCCAGGAUACCGUGGAACCAACGUGUCCUCUCCAGUUAGCUCCAAAACAUCUAGCAACUCCGGCACACCUCCAUCCGGAUCAUCUGGUACAACCCUCUCCCAGCAACAACAAUCGCAUUUGCUAUCCGCUGGUCCACCAACUAGUACCAACGCCAGUGGCACACCAGUUGGAUCUUUGUCUCAGCCAUCGCAAGGAUUAGGGGGACAGCAUCAGCACCAGUCAUCUCAAGUGGCACCUUUUUCGUCGUCCAAUGAACACAAUGUCAUCAAACCACCACAACAACCACAGCCUCCUCCCAGCGGCCUGGCAGUCCAGCGCCCGUUAAUGAACCCAUCCUCUCAAAUUCGUCCUAUUACAGGACAGGUUGCCUCGGAUUACAGUGGAUUGGUGAAUUCUAGAGACCACCCACCUCCGAUUGUGGGAAACUCUCGACCACCACCUUCUAUGUUCGAUGCCCUUCAUACACAAAGUCAACAUAUGUUGAAUUUCGGUCCGGAUACCUUACAGUCAUCAUACCAGAGUCACAUGGGUCUAGGAGCCAGUGGAGGAGGUGCUGGACUACCACCUAUCUCCCGCCUAAAUCCAAAGGCUUCCGCUUUUUCGGCUAUUCCACAAUCACAAAAUCACCAGCCGUCGGCACCAGGAAGCAAGCUUCCAUCAAACCAGUACAGCAACAUGUUCCACCCACCUGGUCCAAUCGGUAAGUAUCAAAAUCUUCCACCGAAUGGCGGCACGCCAUAUGGUCCCAGAGGUAAUUCUCAACAUGGACCGGCACCUGGACCACCGGGUCCUCCCGGCAGUAAUCGUAAUGCCGGAGGAGCAAGCGGAGCGAACUGGUUCUCUGACCUCGCACAUUUACAAUCAAGAGAUAACCUUAUCAAUUUUGAAAAUGGCAUCGGAAUGGCCUUGGGAGGAUCUCCAACUAUUUCACCAAAUAAUAACAACGGACCCACUGCUAACGGUGGUCUUGUCGGUGGACCCCCAGGAGGAGUGCUUCCACCACAGCAAGAUGACGGCCGUAAGAUGGCUCGAGCCAUCGGUUCCGAGCGAGCUAGCUGGAAAUAUAAUUAUGGAUCCAAUGGAGGAAUUGGUGGGAUGGAUAACGAUUCUACUGCCCUAACCAUUGCCGCUGCCGGAAAUCCUCACUGGAUGGUAGAUAAGCUGCUAACCGUCGGUGGCAAUGGCGGUGGUCCGCAACAAUGGAUGGGUCAUCCACCGAGACAACAAUUUCUAGAGGACCUGCAUCUGUCAGAACAAUUCCAGCAGCAGCUGCAAAUGGAAUACCACAAUACGCUAGGCGGUAGCGGGGGUGCGGUUGGCCCUAACCAGCAGCCUGGUAUAAAUUUCAUGCAAACGUUGCAGUAUCAAUUUAUGCCUGGCGGACCAAAUGACAUGGGCGCUAACGAUGGAUCAUUGCAGCAACCUUGGGAUCAUGACAAACAUGUAUGGCCGGCUAAAUGGAGCGGCCACUAGAGGUGCGUACAUUUAAAAUAGCAGCCAAAAGAAGACUGCAGUAUAACGCAAUUCUGUUGGAGCGGAAGUUAUGAAAGAGUAAAAUUUUGCAGCACACAACAACAUACUGUGAAUUUCUAUUUUUUUGUUUCUUUGCUGAAUUUACAUCUGAACUAACUCAAGAUGAGAUAAAACGACAAACGGUCCAACCAUUUCUAGUGGCUCUGAAAGAGAUAGAGCAAGAGGGAGAACUCUUGCAUCACCAACAGUUUUUUUUUCAGAAGGCUAGUUUUUUUUCCGAAAAAUAGAAAGAGUAGUAGAGUACGUUGCUUUAUACACACGCUUUAUGUAGAGAAUAGAAUGUUGUGUGAGGAAUAAUACGAAGGAAAGAUAUACAAACAUUUAGUUUGAUUUUCGAUUAUUAUCUGUUUUGAUUCAUAAGGUGUUCUCGAUUGCCUCCUACGAAAGAGUUUCCUUAUGGACUAGAACAAUCGAAAACAUAAUGAGUGAAUGUGAACUUCCUAACUAUUGUUUUAAAUAUGAAUUAUUUUAUUUGUUCGUCAUAUUCAAAUGUUUAUUUUCUGCGGGAUAAAACCUGUUUUCAUUUACUAUAUUUCCUUAUGUAUGGAAAUUAGAAGCAAUAAAAAGUGAAGCAAGGCUGUCUUGGCUACUUUGUUAUUUCUAGUUUUUUAAACUACUUAAACGUUCGAUAUUUGCUUACUUAAAAAAUCUGUAAACGUCUGUGCUCCAUUAAAAACUUCUUUUUUGAUUAAAACAAAAAUUGCGAAACUCUUCACCAAAUCUAUGAACUACUAAGACAGAAAUAGUAGUCUGAUAUAGCACGUUAAACUCAUUACCAAUAAUAAUGAAAAAUAAAAUGCUGCAAAAACUAUUACUAUAUGAUAUACGGAAAAAUCUACCUUGCAUGAACAUUAAUCCUCAUUGACGACCGAAAACCAAUGGACAUUGAUAUAACACUUACGUUAAAUUUUGUUUUGUUUGUUUUUCAUUCAAUUUGGUCAAUAUUUCUUUCAUUUAUGAUGCGCUCACAACUUGGGCAAAUUGAAAAUUGAACAAGAAAUUGAAGCAUUAGCUGAUUGCAUACCUAACUAACUAAUAAAUAAGCUACCACAAUAUUAGAUCGCAAAACAAAGAGAAGAAUACCAACAAAAUAACUAACUAACUAACUAACACAAUAAAUCAUCUACAUUUGGUGUUCAUGCGUGUAUUUUUCGUUCAGAACUUUUGCUACUCAAUAACCACACAAGACACAUUUUGGUGAUUACCGGAAACGUUGGCUCCCGUUUAUGAAUGCUAGCUUCCGCUAGGUUAGCAAUAAAAAAACAGAUAAACGAAUAAUAUUGAAGUGAAAACAAAAUGAUCGAUUAUUACUUAUAUACUACUCUGAAAACCAAACUAAAUUGUGGGGCCGCAGAUGAUUUUAAUGUAGCGCAAAUAAAAGCAGCAAGUAAAAAUAAAACGCAAGCAUGUUCGAUGGCUUUUUAAAUGGCUUAGGGGAAACGCGUACAGAAGGAGGUACAACCGACAUUGCACGUAAUGAUUGUCACACUGCGCCUCGAGGACAUAACGAGAAGCUGAGGAACGUGUUAAUUAAUCGUUUAACAUUGGGAAGAAACCGGCGACCGAACAUUUUACCGUCAUUAUUUUUGUUUUGCUUCUUUCCUUGCUUAGGUAAACGUAUUUACUCUCUUUAAACCAAUAUCGAUAAAAGUAGUGGCGGGGGUUUCAACGACGAGAAUUUAUUGCUUUUCCUAUGUUUGUAUGUAGUUGUUUGAUUAAUAUCCUAAGCAUAAGGAUGCUGACGAACUAGAGUUAUCGCAUAUUACUCUUGAUUGCUUUGGGUUGAUGCGCGUGGUCAGGAUUCUCAAGAGUCCAUAGUUAGCGGUUCUCGAAGGAAGACUAGUAGAUAAUUCAAUUGGGCCUGAAUUGUUCUGCUGUUUCUAAAGUACAUGUGGCUUGCGACCUACGGAUCCCUAUCACGCAGUAAAAUUGUUGAGUUAGGAUGCAGAUAUAUAUACGCUUUCGCCUUUUCAGAAAGAAUGCAGAGCAACUCAAACGAUUAUAGUACUACGAAUAAACAUGAAUUUUGAUUCGAUGACCGUUAUCGAUGUUUAUGUUAAUGGAAAAUGGUAGGCAAAGUAAAUACGACAUAUAUGCUCUACACAAUUCACACUGCAACACUGAUGAUGAUUAAGGAAAUGAGAAAGUAAAACCUUUAUAGAUACAAUAAAAACAAGUAAUGGAAGUAUGAUAACAAUUGCAUUAGCAGCGUAUGAUUAUAAAAUAUAUAUAUGAAGAAAAUACAAGAACAUGAUGACGGUAAUUGCAAAAAAAAACAUUAAAAAUGAUGCAAAAACGGAAAACAACAUUUACUGAUUAAUGAUUA